GUUUGGUAAUCAGUCUUCUCUCCCACACUUUUCCUUCGGAGCCUCUCAAGCGCUGAGCUAGUUCCGGCAAUGCGCCCAUCAACUUCGUUAUCAACGUGUACAUCCCUGGAAAGUAUACUACCAAGCUAUGCCGAGGAGCUGAUUUCCAGGAGGAACAAUGAUAAAGAAAAGAAAUCUGAAGCUGCCGCCCUCCAAGCAUCCGGUAGCAAAGAACAAGAGCCCCCGGAAAACAGCAGCUGUGGCCAGUGCCAGACACCCAACCAGCUUGAGCAGUUAAGGAAUUAUGUAGAAGAAGAUGGUCUUCAAGGGAAUGCUAAGACAUGGAAGCUGAAGGUCCUGGAGCAUGGAGAGGAGCCCCCAGUCACGCCAUCCGAAGGCAGGGCCUGCCAAGAAACACCCAACUUUAAGUUGAUCAGAUUGGAAGAUAUUAACACAGCAGCCUCCCAGAUCCAGAAGGGUGUCCAGGUCACUCCGUGCACGUAUUCUAGACUGUCCAAGAAAUAUGGCAUGGAGCUCUACCUAAAGAAGGAAUUUCUCCAGUACACAGGCUCAGUGAAGGACCGAGGAGUGCUCUGUCUCUUGGCCUCUCUCCAUCAGGACCAGCAGAGAAAGGGAGUGAUUGUUGCCUCUGACGGCAACUUCUCCAUGGCAGUGGCCUACCAUGCAAGUGAACUCCAGAUCCCAGUGUUUGUCAUCAUGCCCACCAGUACCUCUGUGACCAGGGUGAGGAUGUGUCGGGACUACGGUGCCGUAGUGAUCACCUUUGGUGGAUCGGCCAAAGACUCACGGAGUCACGCCCAACAGCUAGCUCAGAAGAAUGAUUAUCUCUACCUAGAGGAAGCAGACAAUAUCGAAUAUCUCUCUGGUCUGGGCACGAUGGGACUGGAAAUCUUCAGGCAGGUACCAAACCUGGAUGCAGUGGUGUUCCCUGCUGGAGGCCCUUGUGGACUUCUGGCAGGCUCUGCAGCUGCACUGAAGCAGCUGAACCCCCACGUCUCUGUGAUCGGUGUCCAACCUGAGAGUUUCCCUGUUGUAAAGCAUUCUCUGAAGAUGAGCCAUCCAGGAGAGAGCCAGACCUGGGGUGGUCACAUGUUCUAUAGAGACCUGAGUGAAUCAUGUUCCAGGAAAAAUACACUGCAGCUGAUAGGAGAGCUUGUGGACAAGAUUGUUACCGUGACGGAAGAAGACAUUUUGAUUUCCAUGCUGAGGCUGCUGGAGUAUGAGAGAGCCACAGUAGAUGCAGAAGGCGCCAUUGGUCUAGCUGCUAUUGCGGCUGGGAAGUUACCAGAGUUAAAGGGCAAAAGAGUGACUGUGGUCCUGUGCAGUGGAAACAUUAGCGUUACCCUCCUACAACAAUGCAUCCAGAGGGCCCUGACCCUGGAUAGUCAGACCUGCAAGUUCUCUCUCUGGCUGAGUGACAGUGCAGGAGAUAUCGCCAAGCUGCUGGAGAUCCUGGACCGAGAGGCAGUAAGGGUGCUGGACAUUCAGAAGGAACAUGGGUUUGUGACCUCUAAGCUCUUCAUGACAAAGGUCACCUGUGUUGCUGAGACCAGAGACAAGCAACAAGCAGCCCAGCUCCGAAGUGCCCUCUUGGAACAUUACCCAUCCCUGGAGUGGAUGCAGCAGUGAGGGGGACUUGCAUUGCUAAUGCUAGUUACAGUAGCAUUCUUAUCCAUCCAAAGUGUGGUUGCAGCCCCCUGAUGGCCAGAGUGAGAGGCAGGGGCAAAAAAAAUGCUCUAAGGGAAAAUCCAUAGAGCGUGAGUCACAAGAAGGCAGAGAUCUUAAGGUGGUAGAGUGGGAAAGCACUCAGUUUGGAGUCACAGGUGUUGGGUUCUAAAUCUCGCUCUGUUACUUACCACUCAUAACCAUUCUAGGAGAGUCACAACCUCUGUGGGCCUGAAGUUCCUGAUGUGUAAAAAUAAAAAUAUUUAAUAUCUUAUAUCAGAUUGGACUAAGUGUGCAUAUACACAUUUAAUUUC